AUGCUGCAGCAGACCUCAUCGGCUGAUGCACACCCGGACCAAAGGGUGGCGCAUAGCACAGCGAUCAAGGAGGCUGGCAACGCGUGUGAGGACGACGACAGAGCGAACCGAAACAUGAAUGGCGCCAAUCACCACCCCAGAGCUGCAGCCGAUGUGCGUCAGAAACUGAAGGAGGCCCUACCACCGGCGCCGCCAUCGCUGCCUCGGCACGCCACCGAGGGAUCGACCACACUCUAUUCCUCAUUCUCUAGCAGGGUCUCUUCGGACGAGAAGCGCACCGCUGCGGUCGCCGUCUCGCCAAGCCCGCUCGCCGUCGUAUCUCAUAACCCAACACGGAUGAAUAGUGGCAUGGGCAGCGCUGCACCGCUACCACGCGAUCCACGCUUGUUAAUACCACCGCUGCGCCACAACGAAGCGAAGUCGACCGCUAUGUCACCGCAGUUGAACGGAGACGCGAUGGAUGGCGCGAUGUUGAGCGAUCAGCUGCAUCUGCCCAUCCCAAGGUCGCUCCUCCACACAUCACCAGCGAAGUGCACCCUCGUCGCUGACGCCACGGCCGCUCGCCCACUCUUUAUCGACUUGAGCUCGCUUCGACCGGCCGACAUGCUGGAAAACGCCCCUGCUUGUGCCUCUGCUGCUGCGGAAGCCGCAACCGCUGCUACAUCUGCCGUGCAGCCGUCUGUCGUGCCGGUGCCACGGACACCACCGGCGCUAGACACGCUGGUCGUCGAUACGAGCGAACACACUGGUGGUAGCACGACACCUCGCGCGGCUUCCGCUACCGGUGGAUCGGCUCCUGCUCCCGUGUCGACAAAAGCGCUGACCACAGCGGUUGGCCGUGUGACGGGCAAGGCCAACGCCUCACGCAGCUUGCGCACCCAAGUACGUUGUCCGCCCACUGCCGUGGCAGUGCUACCCCUUUAUGCCCAGGGUGCGAGUGACGGUACUUCCUUCGCCGGCCCUCCCGUUGCUGCUGCAGCUGCCCUGCAUCUACUGCCGUCUUCUUUCGGUGCCCUCACCGCAGCCGACACGAGCCACCUCACGCCGGCAUCAGGGAGCGCCGGCGAAGGAGGGCGUCUGCCGUCAUGCUUCAGCGGACAUCGUACGGCUGCCAGCCCGCCCGACUUUCAACCGUCUCCUCUGACCCACGCCACCCACGCCGCCUCGUCCCCGUUUGGAUUGCCGCUAGAGAAGUCGCCAGCCGCCGGUGCCACCGCCACUUCCGUGACUUUCGAAUAUGGGCCAGUGGAGGAGGAAAGCGGGAGGAGCGGCGAAUACGGAGACAAGCCCGCUCCGCGGUGCCGCGUGGCAGCCGUGCUGAAGGCUAAGACGACGCCUCUGAGUGCCCUGGCGUCAGACAGCCACCGUGAGCAUCCUCGGGCUCUCUCUGCACCUGCAGCUGCAACGGUGCAGCGGUGUGGGGUUCGAAGGGGCAAUGCGCACCGGAAUGUGCUUGACAACGGCGGCCCUUCUCGCGGCGGCGCGCGGGGGCCGCCGUUGGUGUCGAUGAACGAGGCUAUUGCAGAUGCCCCGCUUCUCUGUUGCGCGGCAUCAGACACGGUGGCGGAUACUAUGGUGUCGACGCCGCCGUUAGCCGCCUCUGUUCGACAGGAUUCGACAGACACUGCUUUCCUCCAGCUGGCCGCUCGCCGCCAUCAGGUCGCGCUUCCGCCAGCGCAGGCGCCGCUGCAAGAGUCCGAGGCACUGCUACCGCCACCGACGACCAAGGCUCCAAUGCAGCUUUCUGCGUCCUUCCCUGCUGGAGAGGUGCUUUCGCUGGACGGUACGCUGCGGCGCUGCGCCGACGACGCUGCCUUGGCUUCGAACAUGAGUAAGGGAUCGCCCUUGUCAACCGCCGUGGCCUUUGCUGCCACUCCUGGCACAGCGGCUUCUGCCUCCUCGUUUUACUCUCCUGCGAGCGUGGUAGGGGCGUUCUCCGAGAUGCGGAAGCGUGCAUACGGUGGCGCGCGGCCAGCGCUCCCUGUCCAGCCGGCGCGGCUUGCAAAGCAAAACACGCCGUGCUCGGCUCUCUCGAUGUGCCCAGAUGUGCUUCAACAGGGCGUCGAUGUACGGGCUGCUGUCGCACCUGCGACACCCGCCGAUGGACGUGCGGUCUGGACCUCGCCGCAGCGAGCUGCCUGCACUGCCGCCUCCAGUCCCGGGGGCGGCGUGUUUCCACGCGACGACGGCACCUCAGUCCUGCAGCUGGUGCCGACCACGUCGCAGGAGUUUCUUGUGCCCUGUGCUCAGCGCAUGGGUGGCGGUGUUCCCGACGCACCACCCGCGUCGACAGUCGAAGUGGAGCCAGUACGGUACCCGCAGGCCCUCUGCGUCAACCCUCCUGGGCAAGCAGCAGACACCGCCUCGCAGCUGCCCCACCCCGCCAGCAAAAGCGUGACUGCCGUCUUCCAGCUGCCCGUGAACGCUGCUGCGCCUCCAGCAAAGCUCGUUGCUAACUCUCAAGCGCUCUCGGCGAACACCGGCAAGAAUUGUGUGGCGCGGAGCAGUGUAGAGGCACGGCAGGUACCCUCGCCUUCGUCCGCACCACAGCCUCAAACUGCGCAGAGAGAACUCACGGUGUUGCAUGCGCUGCCCACGCACCGCAUCACAGAGACUGCUCGUUCUACACAGCGGCACACAGCGGGGUCGUUGUCUCGCUCUGUGGAGCGUGAUCCGGCAGUUUUCGGAGGAGCAGGGGAGGCAGGUGGCGGCGCUAUCAUGUCACCUUGCCCAUCCGCGGCGUCUGUGAUGGGCAUUACCGUGCACGCGAUGGCGGCCCCUCCUCACGCCCGUGCUUCAGCGUUCGAGAGGCGAGAUGCACCGAACAGGCCGCAAAGCACAAGCCAUCGACGCAGCUCUACCAACGUCAGCAACGAGCCUCGCGGUGUCGCGCGUACCAUGUCGUCUGUCUCAGCAGCCCCGUUGUACUCCUUCGCGCACGUCACACAUCGCGAGCAAGGGCAGACGGAGCUGUGCCGUCUUUUCAUGUGCUCCACACCACCUCCUCGGCCACCUCCGCGCCGGACAGCCCACACGGCACCACUCCCCGCCCAUAUUACUGCUGCCUCUGCCGCCGCGUCAUCGUCGACUUCUUCUGAGACGACGCCGCUGUGCAGACCGGUGGAUGUGCAAGACGCAGGGGCAGAGGAUGGAGCACUGUCCAUCAUACCAGCUGCCAUCGACACGGCGGGCAGCAACGCAUCUUCGUUGGCGGCGAGUGAGUGGCUGGGUGUACUGAAGGACUGGACUCCGACUCAGCUAGCGGCGUCGCAGCCACUACCAGCAUCUCAGCUAGCAGCAGAGGAGGUGGAGGUGGUGCCGGGUACGGAUGCGGAGAAACCAUCGACAGAGGAGACACCUCCUCCCACUGUCGCCAUCCCCGCAGCGCAGGCGGAGGCUCUCCACGCGCGCACAGCUCGUGCCAGCGACACUGCCGAGACACCAGCGAACAUGCAACGUAGAGACGCACGCGGUUUUUCCGCUGCGGCGUUUCCUGUCCAUCACAAUUGCCGCGGUGUACGCGUGGGGGAGCAGCGUGAUGAUAGACGGGGCACUGUAUUGGCUGCGGAAACGCCGCACACCUCGCUAUCGGCACAUGGCGUGCCUGUCGCGGACAAUCUGCUCAAACACCCCACCACUGCCCCGCAAGAGCGCCGAGCUCGCGGCGGAGAGGUGUCAGCAUCGAUGGUUCCCAUCACUCGCCUGCCAGCAUCGGAGUGUGCGACUGCGACGCCGUUUGCAUGGAAUGGUGUGGCAGCCGCAGGGGCACAGUCAAGGCCGCAGACUGCAGCAGCUGCCGCAACUGUGACGCAUGCCCAACCAGUGCCAUCGGGUCCUUCCUGGGAGAGGAUGGAGCCGCUGCCCGUGGGGCAUCGUGCACCUGCCACGCCAACUGUCACCCCGCUAAUGGCACGCACGUUCCCGUUGCGCUCAGUUCCGGCAAAGACGGCUGGAACACGGCUUUCCAUCCCCCACUGCGUGCCAACGCCGCCCUCGCUUCUGUUGUCCUUCCAGCAGCAGUGCACGCCUCGAGGGGCGGUCUUCACAAGUCUCAAGUCUGCCUCGCUGCAGCGUCCUUUGCACCCAGCGGCUCCCGGGCCCUUUCGCCAGCCUUCCGCUCCUGCCACGCCGCACCACCGAGGAGAAGGGGCACGCAACGGGUCUGCGAGUGGCGCAGCUGUCGCUACACUACAACAUACCCUGAUUGCCCAGCAGCUCGCUGGCGGCGCCGCGGCCAGUGCGGUCCACGAAGGUGAGGUGGUGUGGGAGGUGCUGCCUGACGCUCACGGCAGCAGCUGCGACUGGCCAAACCCGGGGUCGUCGUGCCCCUCCUCCGUAGCCUCCAGCUGCCUCCAGCGCCAUCAGCUGCAGGCGGGGUGGCGCACCGGGCUGCCCCGCUCCCUGCCCUUCUUUGCUCUGACACAUGAUUCGAUGCCCAUGGCGAUGCUCGGCCCAAAGUCAGAGGUAGCCAUGCGCUGCAGACCCUCCUCAACCGAGCCCGGCGGGGGCGACGAGACGACUUCUGGCGGCCACAGUCGGCGCCAAGCUAGACCAGUACCCCACCAAGAACCGCAAGCCGCACAGCGGAGCUCUCCAUCCUCUUGGCCGUGGUGGGGAGGGCAGUACGCCUUGACCCCAGGUCAGAGGUUGCCAGGGCGAGUGCAGCGUCACGGCCAAGGGACUCGUACUGGCGACUUCUUUGUUGCGUUGCCGUCGAACCCCGACAUGGUAGACGGCGCCGACAACGCGGCAGCGCCGCAUUGCCGCCCCACACUUUCAUCCUCGGCAACAGCAGUGGCGGCUGGCGGAGUCGGGACUGUUGGUGACGAAGGAGGGCUGGCCCCCACUGCUUGUCCGAUUCCAGCCGCACCUACGUCUUCGUGGCUGUGCACUGCGCACCUUGCAACGACACGAGAAAGUGUUGGCGGGCGCGCUGGAGCUGCAGUCGAAAACGGUGCAGCAUCAGGAUGCGCCACCGCGGGCCAACCUCUGCAUCGUGUUCCUGCCGCCGCGCCAGCCUCAUCGCCAGGAACUACCACUGCGGCCGAAGCGGGGACGCCGGCAAGGGCAUGCACAGGCUCGGUGGUGACGGGAGUCGUGGGAUACUACGGUGCCUACCAGCGUACGCAGCAACCUCGCAGCAGGAAAAGUGGCCAGCUACUGCCGUCACAGACGUUUUACUCUCAGCCCUCGAUGGGCACCGGCUCGCAGUCGCCACAGGACGGUCGAGGAGGGGAGGCAAGAGGGAGUACGGGUACUGCCAGUGGACCCGGCUCGCUUCCAGUGGCGGAGGCUGGCAUGGCACUUCCAGACACCACUGCUGCUGCCGCUGCUGCAGGCUCGCCGGAGCCGCACCGCCACUACUACCACCAGAGUGGAGUGCCGCUGCAACGAUACAGCGAUGAAGGGAAUGCCGCGCUACGUGACCCUGGCGGGGUCAAGGGUGACUACGGGCCGCAACGCGCGCCGCAAUUGACUCGGGCAUUGCUCGACCAGCUGCAGUGGAGCUACGCCGCGGCAGCCGAUGCGUCGUCUCGACCGCCCUACCUACCCAUCGACCUUCCCUUGAAGGAGGCAUUCGUGGCAAGCUGGCACGACGUCAUACACCAAGAUGCCCACAGCAGCAACGGCUCUAAGGGUGCACCAGGGAUGCGGCAGCGUCCGCCGCUCCCAGCCCCGUCCCGCGGCCAACGCGUGGAAAACGUGCCGGCUGUGCUUCCCAGGAGUGGGUGGACGGUUGCGUAUUCCCACCAUGGACCCGACUCGCCACCGCCGCAGCCGCAUGUCGCCGCCGGUGCCGCUGCUAUGGACACCCGCUCCGAAUCACCGAUUGCCGCCCAGCCCGAUCUCACCGCAGCGGCGCAGGCGGAGCGGCUGUAUAUGCAGCGGUACAUCUCUUCACCCUCCCCCGUCCCUAUCGCACCACCGCCGGUGAUGCGUAAGAAUCACGGCGCCGUGCUGCGGGCACCCGACCCGCAGGCGCUGCCGUUCGUGGUGUCCUCUCAACAAGCUCAGCCCCGUCUUCUCCGGCGCAACCUCGUGGAGCAGCGGACUCGUAAGCACACCAACCAUACGGGUGUCGGCACCGCAAAGCCGGCACCCGUAUCCUUGCAAAAGAUGACCUUUGCGCCUGAGAAAGUCCUGGCAACGCCUCCGUCGCUGACAUCACUGGAGCAUCAGCAGGCGCCUGUGCUGAAAGCCGUCGCCACUGUGCCUGCCGCACCGCCACCAGUGCCGUGGACCCCGAAAAGCAACGGUCCAGGUGUUGGCAGUGAGACGCUGAGCGUCACAGAGGCUUGCCCCAUGCAACGGUCGCCCGGACCGCGCAUCAGCAAUUUUUUCCAUCUCUUCCGGGAGCGCCAAGGGCAGGGGCGCGGGGGGCGGGUGUGGGUCGCUCAUUGA